AUGAGUGGCAGCCGCGUCAAGCCGAUAGCGGCCGCAUACGAAGCGGUCCUCUCGCAGCUCGACGACGGGCGCACGGACGCGCUGCCGCAGCUGCUCGCAGCGGUCGCCGCGCAGCCCAAGCAGUACGACUCGAUGUACGCCUAUUGCCUCUCGACGCGCGUACCGUCACUGCGCUUUGACGACCUCGCGCCGCAUGACGCAGCGUUCGUCGAUGGUCUCGUGGCCGCCGGGAGCUUUGACAUUGCGCUUGUCCGCGCGCCGCGGGCCAAGGCGCCGGCGAAACACACUACCGACUGCCUGGCGUGGCAGGAGCGCAACGCGAUCGAAGCGCGCGAGUGGGCCGCGCGACCGGUGGCCAAAGCAGUGCCACAGGACGUAGCUGCGCCGUGGGGCUACGAUCCCGACCACUUUGACUAUGCGGGCGGCGCGACCUUUCGAAAGCCGCGGGAUCCCGAGGACGGGUUUUGCACGGGCGACACGAGCGCCGACGACAUGCAAUCGGGGCCUGACGACGACGACGGGUACGACGUCGAAUGGCCCGAUGAUCCCUACAACGAGUUUGGCCUCACGGACAACGACACCUACGGCGGUGCCCACCGAGGUUACGACGACGACGACGACGGCUGGGACGGGGACGUCAGUGACACCGACAACGACGGUGGUGACGACACGGUGCGCUGCUACUGCCACGAAGCACCCGCGACGCAGACCCGUCGGCGCAUCUCAGCGGUGCAGCUGCAUGCGAGUUCAGUGGCGGUACCCGUCGCCGUCACGGACGCCCUUCUUGGCCGCGCCGUCGGUCGGUGGAUCACGACGCGGUCGCUCCAGCAGUUGCACUCUGCGAUUUUGGUGUUUUGGCCGACGCGUCACCGCCCGCGCUUUCUCGGGUUCGAAGCGGCGAUGCGCGCGCUCCAUUCUGGUGACACGCUCGGGUGGCCCUCGAUCGACGAUCUCGCACUUGGCGUCUUUGACAUGUUUCAAUUGACCGAUGGCUACAGGACGACCGAAGCCGACGCGACCGCGAUGUCGUCGUACCUCGUGCAGUCGUCGUCGUCGUCGUCGCUGCCCGGACGCUUUUUGCCCGACGCCUUUACCCUGGACAAGCAGGCGUCGCGAACCCGGGGCCUCCACUGGCUGCGCGACGUGAUUGCAAAGUUUGGGUGGUUGAGCGUCAGAGACAGUAUCGUGACCCUUUGCUCGUCGUCGUCGCCCGACGACGGCCUGUAUCGGCUUGCCCAUGCUAUGCACUUUGCGCGGCGACUCCUUCUCGAGUCGGUCGUGCCGGCGCACGAAGCAGAGGUUGUCGCGGACCUCGCCAGCACACCUGGCGUGUGCUGUCGAUGCAGCUGA